CCAAAAGGGAAAAAAAAGAUAGACAUAAAAAAGAAGAGAAAAAAACAAGGGAAAAAGCAGGCAACUCUCCAUCGUAUUUGGCAUCGACCUUUCAGGUUUCACGUUCCAUGUUUCAAGUGUGGAACUGAAUGGUCUAUGGUUAUUAUUUCGAUUUUGUUUCAGCUAUUCGUGGAUUUGAAUACAGAUUGAAAUUCAAUUUCCAGCAUAAAAUAUUCGGGUUGACUGGAAAUUGAAGAAUGGCGGCGCAAAACCAGACCGAUCUGUUCGAUGCUUAUUUUAGGAAGGCGGAUUUGGACGGCGAUGGCCAGAUCAGUGGAGCCGAGGCUGUUGCCUUUUUUCAAGGCUCCAAUUUGCCCAAACAAGUUCUUGCUCAGGUGUGGAUGUAUGCUGACCAGAAGAAACUGGGUUAUCUUGGUAGGCAAGAAUUUUAUAAUGCCCUUAAACUUGUAACUGCGGCACAAAGUAAGCGAGAUCUGACACCAGAUAUGGUCAAAGCUGCACUGUAUGGUCCUGCUUCAGCUAGGAUUCCUGCUCCACAAAUAAACGUUGCCGCCACACCUACACCACACCCAAGGGUAGCAACAGUUACUUCGCAGUCCAGUGGCAACUCAUCUGUGCCUUCCCAAAAUUCUGCCCUCAAUGGGGCACCUGGUCUUGGCAAUUUGGGUGUAAACCAGCAGUAUGCCCAACCAUUGCAAAAUCAAGUUGUGAGGCCACCUCAAGCCAUGCCUCCCGUCACUUCAUCACAAAUACAACCAGCACUUGCUGCAGAAGGCGUGCUGAGAGGUGGUAACAUGGUCGCUCCUCCUCGUCUUCCAACAUCAAACUCCUCAACUAAUUGGCAAAGUGGAAGCUCAGGUGGAUUCUCAACGGGUAUCAGUAACCAAGCUCAAAACCGAAGUGCUAGUCCUUCUGAAGGCCAAGGAUUUGGACUUACAGCUUCGGGGUUGACACCAUCUAUGCAACCAAUACCACAAGCAACCCCUGUGCAGAUAUCCUCUUCUGCUCCAAAACCGAAAGAUUCAUCCAUACCAUCCAACAAGUUAGGAGCAGGGGAUUCCAAGGCAUUGGCGGUUUCAGGAAAUGGAUUUACCUCUGAUUCUCUUUUUGGUGAUGUCUUCUCUACAACUUCAUCGCAAUCAAAGCAAACUUCUUUGGCAACCACAUCUUCUGCAACUGACUCCAUUGUCUCAUUGACCUCUGUUCCAGCUUCUGGGCCCCAUUCUUUUGCAAAGUCAAGCCCAGCUCAGUCUUUGCAGGGUACACUUUCUCAACAACCUGUGGGCGGCCAGUAUCACCCAGGUCAUCCAACAGGGAGACAGCACCAGCAGGCUGCAGCUCAAAACAAUGCUGCAUCUAGUUCAACUGGGUUUCCCGCUGGACCUGGGAACUUGUCUUCUGGUCAAUCAACUCAGUCUCAGCCCCCAUGGCCAAAGAUGACUCAGUCUGAUAUACAAAAGUAUACAAAAGUAUUUGUACAAGUUGACACUGAUAGAGAUGGAAAAAUUACUGGUGAUCAGGCUCGCAAUCUGUUCUUAAGCUGGAGGCUUCCAAGAGAGGUCUUAAAGCAGGUGUGGGACCUAUCUGAUCGAGAUAAUGACAGCAUGCUUUCUUUGAGAGAGUUUUGUACUGCUCUUUAUUUGAUGGAACGCUAUAGAGAAGGCCGCCCUCUUCCUUCAGUGCUCCCAAGUACUCUCGUAUCUGAUGAGACUCCAUCCACUUCUGGUCACCCUCCAGUUCCAUAUAGAAAUGUAGCUUGGGGGCCUGCUCAUGGUUUCCUGCAACCACAAGCUACUACUGCUCCACGGCCACUUUUACCUUCUGCUAGGGGAAGACCACCAAGGCCAGUGUCAGUUUCUCAGACUGAUGCACAGAUGCCACCCGCUCCGCAAAAGUCCAAGGUUCCAGUUCUGGAGAAGAACCUUGUAGAUCAACUUAGCCAGGAGGAGCAAGAUUCUCUUAACUCAAGGUUCAAAGAGGCAACAGAUGCUAAUAGAAAGGUUGAGGAACUGGAAAAGGAGAUACAAGAUUCAAGAGCAAAGACUGAAUUCUUUCGUGCUAAGAUGCAAGAACUUAUUUUAUAUAAAAGCAGAUGUGACAAUCGACUUAAUGAGAUUACUGAAAGAGCCUCUGCUGACAAAAGAGAGGUUGAAGCAUUGGCGAAGAAGUAUGAAGAGAAGUACAGGCUGUCUGGAGAUGUAGCCUCUAGGUUAACCAUUGAGGAGUCCACAUUUCGUGAUAUUCAGGAGAAAAAAAUGGAAUUGUAUCAGGCAAUAGUCAAAAUAGAACAAGGAGACAAUAAGGAUGGAGCUCUCCAGGAGCGUGCUAAUCAAAUACAAUCAAGUCUGGAGGAAUUAGUGAAAUCUCUUAAUGAACGUUGCAAACAAUAUGGAUUACGAGCUAAACCGACUUCACUGGUUGAGCUUCCAUUUGGCUGGCAACCUGGAAUCCAAGAAGGUGCAGCAGAUUGGGAUGAAGAUUGGGACAAGUUUGAAGAUGAAGGAUUCACAUUUGUAAAGGAGCUCACACUUGAUGUGCAAAAUGUCAUAGCCCCUCCAAAACCAAAAUCUUCAUUAGUUCAAAAAGAAACAGCUUCUGCAACCCCUGACAAAGACAUAGCAAUUGACCAAAGUGACGAUGACCUGGCAAAAACUCCAUCUGGAAAACAGGCUGUUACAACUGAUAAGCAAUCUCAAGCAUUCCAGGAUUCCCAUGGGACAAGUAGUAGUGCUGAUGGUUCUCCCCACGCCAAGAAAACUGAUGACACUGAUAGCUCAGCUCUUGCUAAAGAAUCUAGAAGUGAUCAGGGUGGUGCUGAAUCUUUAUUUUCGGAGGACAAGAGUUUUGAUGGACCUAGCUGGGGAAAAUUUGAUUCUCAGUUUACAGAUCAAGUUUGGGGCUUUGAAAAUGAACAUGGCAAGGAGAUGGAUCCUGAGAGGCAUGAUGAUGACUCUUUGUUUGGUCUUGGUGGCUUCAAUAUAAAGCCCAUAAAAACACAGUCCUCGCAAACAGAAAGCUUGUUCCCAGGGAAAGGUCCGAUUGUUUUUGAUUCUGUUCCGAGCACCCCUGCAAACGCUAGUGACGUGAUCCAUGGGAAGAGCUUAUCUAUUUUUGCAGACUCUGUUCCAAGCACCCCUGCUUAUGCAGAUAACAUGCUCAAGGGUCAGAGUUCAUCCUUGUUUGCAGAUUCUGUUCCAAGCACUCCUGCCUAUGCGGAUAACAUGUUCAAGGGUCAGAGUUCAUCCUUGUUUGCAGAUUCCGUUCCAAGCACUCCUGCCUAUGCGGAUAACAUGUUCAAGGGUCAGAGUUCAUCCUUGUUUACAGAUUCUGUUCCAAGCACUCCUGCCUAUGCGGAUAACAUGUUCAAGGGUCAGAGUUCAUCCUUGUUUGCAGAUUCUGUUCCGAGCACUCCUGCCUAUGCGGAUAACAUGUUCAAGGGGAAGGGCUCUUCUAUUUUUGCGGAUUCUGUUCCGAGCACCCCCGCUUACCAUUAUUCCCAACAGAGUUUUGGUGAAGGAUCAGAAGCUCAUUCAUUUGACAGCUUCUCUAGGUCUGAUUCAUUCAACAUGCAAGACAGUGGAUUGUUUCAAUCCCGCAGCUUCGACAGGUUUGAUUCCAUGCGCAGCUCAACAGACUUUGAUCAGGGUUAUGGGUUUCCCCCAUCGAGGUUUGACUCAUUUAACGCACGUGAUCAACCUGAUAAAUCACUGUCUAGAUUUGAUUCCAUUGGAAGCACUACAGGGUUUGAUCAUAGUCACGAGUUUGCAUCAUUUGAUGAUAAUGAUCCAUUUGGGUCAACAGGGCCAUUUAAGACUUCACUGGAGAGUCGGACGCCGAGGAGAGAUUCCGAUAAAUGGAGUGCUUUUUAGGUAUAAAUAAAUAUGAUAUAAUACAAUAUAAAUGCAAUUAAAUGGAUGCUGAGGGGUGUUUCGCGUUAUCAUGCCUUGUAGGUCGAGAUUUUGGUUUCUUGUUCGGCGGCUUUGAUUCUUUUGUUAGUAUAUACAGUGACUCAAUAAAGGAGUGGUUGUGCCAAAGUCUUUUUAUUUUCUUCCCUGCAUCUUUAUACAGUUCCCGUCUUUUGGUUUAGUUUCUGUAGUUUUAGUGGUUUUUCUCCUGGUUUAUGGAUGGGUCUGGACUUACGGAAUGUUGUUUCCAAAUAGUCGGUGAUAAAUCAUUGUAUGCGAUAUGAAACGUAAAAUUUGUAUAAACUCAUUUUUCAUGCACUCAUUGAUCUUCUUAUGGUUUUGAUUU